AGAGAGACAGAGCGAGAGAGAGAGAGAGAGGUGACGUGCAUAAGAGGUUUUUUUUGACAGUUACUGAAAAAAGUCACAUUUGCAGCAGACAGCAGCAUAGAGCAGCGUGAUGGAGCCACAAGAGAUCAGAGAGGGAUUCUUAGUGAAAAAGGGUACAUUGCUAAAUUCCUGGAGAGCAGUGUGGGUGGUGUUGUCAGAAGAUGGAGUGGACUUCUAUAAAAAGAAAACAGACAGUUCACCUAAAGGGAUGAUCCCAUUGAAGGGAGCAACACUCAGCAGCCCUUGUCAGGAUUUUGUCAAGAGGACGUUGGUUUUCAAGAUUACCACUGAGAAGAAGCAAGAUCACUUUUUUCAAGCCUCGCAUGUGGAGGAGAGAGAGCUUUGGGUCAAGGACAUCAAGAGAGCCAUUACCUGCCUCGCAGGGGGAAAAAAGUUUGCCAGAAAGUCUACCAGACGCUCCAUUCGCCUGCCUGAAACAGUCAACCUAGCCGCGCUGUACACAGAGAUGAAAAACCAGGAUGACGGCGUGAAGGAGUUAAAACUGGAACAGCAAAAUCGAGUCUUCAACCACUGCUUCACCGGUGCGACGGUGGUAGACUGGCUGAUUUCAAAGGAGAAGGCGAGAAAUAGACCUGAGGCACUCAUGCUGGCAACAGGGCUCAUGAAUGAGGGUUUUCUCCAGCCUGCAGGUGACUUAUCAAAAGAGGGAGCAGAAAGCGGAGAGCAAGCAGCCUUCUUAGAUGACACAAAAGCUCUCUACUAUUUUGCAGACAGUGGCUUCUUUUGUGAAGGCUACUCCAGUGAUGAAGAUGUUCUUCUAAAGGAAGAAUUCAGAGGAAACAUCAUAAAACAGGGCUGUUUGGUUAAACAGGGACAUAGACGGAAGAACUGGAAGGUGCGGAAAUUCAUACUCAGAGAUGACCCUGCCUAUAUACAUUACUACGAUCCUGCAAAGGCUGAUGACCCUCUGGGCUCAAUCCACCUCCGUGGGGCGGUGGUCACAGCUGUGGACUAUGUGCCUGAUGCCAAAAAAAAAGAUAUUGAUGGCAACCUAUUUGAGAUCAUCACUGCAGACGAGACUCACUACUUCCUCCAAGCUGCUACAGACCAAGAAAGAAGGGAGUGGAUCAAAGCAGUACAGAUGGUGUCAAAAAGCGGAAAAUAACAAAUAGCGCGGAGCAGCAGGGAAAUAUGUAACAGCUGCAGUGGCAUAUCGAAUGCAAAAGUUUGGUAGUUCUGUAACUAUAUUCUGUCACCCAUGCUUUUUGUAUAGUUUUUAAUUGUUUUAGAGUAACUUAAAAUAUAAAGUUCUUUACACACAAACUGCAAACAUAACUUCUGCUGUAACUAAAGACAAUCAAAUUUAUAAUGCAAGCUUAAUAUAAAGUGUCAUAACCAAUGUUUACUCCAUGUUAGUGGACACGAAGAUAUGAUAGCAAAGUAAAAAUGAGCUGAGGAAUAAAUAGAAUGAAUUAUAAUUAGAUGACAUUGCAAAUAUCUAUUUAUUUUAAAUAUUCUAUUCUGUAAAACUAUGAUACAGCUGAGUCUUACCAAAUGACAUAAGAGAGUAAAGGCUGAGACAAUAUGAAAGAUAAACUGGGUUUUUUUCUCCUUCUGAGUCUUAUUAUUUGCUCCACUGUGGUUUUUUGAUUUCCUCCUUCUUAACCUGCCCUUCAAAAGUCGGAGACAGUUCUAGCUAUCACACGAGCACAGUUGGUUCCUGAGCGUGAACUAACUACGAAUCACUUUCAGCCUUCACAGUUUCACACGUUGUGGCUUACAGGCCUGCUGCACACGAGACAAUUUAUCAGUGACAGAAACGACAAGCGUUCACUACUAUGUGUAUUCAGAAUUUUAGAAUUUUAGUGCUGACAGCUAAACUGAUGAGUUUAUGAAAACUUUUUUAGUUUGUUUUUUUUUAGUUUUGUCUAUAUUAGCUGGACUAAUGUUAUAUUUACUUAUUUAUUUCAGACCUAUUUGUGAAAACACUGCCAUUCUAUUUUGAAAUCCCUGUCAUAUAAGUCAAAUUAGCAGUGUAAACCACUACAGACCAUCUAACAUUUUAUUUUCAGGUGUGAUUAGUGGUAUUUGAGGUGGCCCUAUAUCUGGUACCUUGAUACUUGGGUUUAUAUCGUUUAUCUAAACUACAAAUGUGUUAAUAACCUAUCUGAUUGUGGUUUCACUUUUUUGUGUUACACAGGACAUAGCACUCUCUUUUGACACAGUGCUUUCUGAGGUGUCACUUAGAGACAACCUUAUCAUAACGGAAAGGAACAAUGGCAAAAACUCUGAAGCUGCAGGUCUUUGAUAUAAAUUUGACUUAAUAAAAAAUGUUAUUUUUGCCAUUUAAGCUCGUUUUUAAAAAUGAACAAUUUACUCUUAAUUUUAAUUCUAUAGUGCAGGGCUGCACAACUUUAAGAACUUUUUCUUUUUUUCUACCAUGAGUCAUUGCCUCUUAAUUUUCUUUCUGUCUUCUUGUUUUUUUAGUACAGACCAGUGAGCCAUGCCAUACUAGAGGGUUAGGUACAACCUUUGGCUUCAGCUGUUCCCCUUUCAAGUCAUUGCUAUAUUUUUGUUUUGACACAGAGCCAAUAACUGGUGCUUCUUUAAGUACUUGAGCAUGUUUCUCUUCUGUUCUGUUCUGUUAAUAUUUUUUAAGAGAGGGCGAGAGGAUAAAUCAGCAAAAGCAACAUUUCAUAAUAAAAAGAGAAUGUCUGACUGUA